AUGAACGAGGAAAUCGACGAGAUAGCGGUGGUAAAAGAAGAUAUCGAGGCAUACGAUGAUCGUCGAGGUAGUGGUCGGGAUAAAAGGAAUCGAGAUCGUGGAAGAAGCGGUUAUAUUGAAGUACAGGAACAGCCUGCAGAAGAUAGUCCCGAGAAAAGAUUGACAACUCUUUUGAUUAUUUUGGGUGACAAGAUGACACCAAAAGAAAUAACAACAAAUAUCGAAAAGGUUGCCAGUAUAUUAAAUAAUGAAUAUUCAAAACUUGAGAGUCACGUCCUGAAAACAAUAAAAAAUUGCUUCAUGGAAUUACCAAUGAAGGCUUAUAUUUAUGGUACCCUUGUUGGUCUUGUGAAUGUUACGCGAUCUGAAGUUGGGGCCAAGGUUGUGAAAAUGACUGCACAGACUUUACAACAAUGUUUGAAUGAAGGAAAUUGGCGUGGUGCAAAAUUAUCUGUAAGAUUUUCAUUUGUUUGGAAUUCUAAUGUUAAAACAACCAUGUUAGAUAUUUAUGAUGAUUUAUUAACGGUUCUCGAUGAACAAAAUUUGAAGAUAUCUCGCGCAGACACAAUUAUUUAUAUUGUUUUGGCUUCAUUACCUUAUGUAGCAACUAGACUUCGAGAAAGGUGCCCUGAUGUACUAGAAAACAUGUUGGCAAAAACCGAACGGUAUUUCUAUACUCGAGAACGAACUAUACUGGAUAUAGAUGGAUCUGUCGUUCGAAAAUCUAUCCAACCUUAUGUUGGAUCCAAUGUACCAUAUGAACAACAUGAUACGUUAGAGCUUUUAUGGACCCAAAUUCAAAAUUUGAAGCGUAAUGAUUGGGUGUGUCCAUGCCUUUUGAAACCUUGGUCGGAUUAUGACAGUGUACUCAUAACUGCAGAUCAACAUGAAGUUGAUAAAUUUGUAGUACCAGAACAAUUUGAUGGAAUGAAUAAUUCUCUACCAACUACCAUGUUCCGAAUUUUCGUUGGUUUUGAUGAUGAGCCUACAAUGAAACAGCCUGAUGUAACCGACAUAACAUACCUUGUAAUUAAUGAUGUUAUCGAAGAUAUUAUUGAUGUUAUGGAAGUAAAUCGUAAAGAGUGUGUAAAAUAUCUCAAGGAUCUUCCGUAUUGUUUUGUACCAGAAACUUUUGUUGGUAAAGAUACAACUAUUGCGGCAGUGAAAACUGAUAUUAAAGUGGAACUAGAAAUAAAAAGUGAAGCUGAAGAAGAAUCAUUUUCCAAUAAUUGGAAUAAUGAUAAUAAUGAUAAUAAUAAUGAUGAUAAUAAUAAUAAUAAUGAUGAUGAUAAUAAUGAAAAUAAUGAUAAAUCAAUAGAUACAGCUAGUUUAGAUCCAAAUCUUGCAAAUUAUCAUCUCGAACAGAUGAUCGUUGAGUCUAUAUUCAAGAAUAUCUUUCAAUUGCCACAUCCAAAACAUAAAUUCAUUUAUUAUCAUUCACUUUUAACCGAGAUUUGCAAGAGCAUGCACGAAACGUUCCCGCCUGCCAUAGGAAUUUUAUUCGAUCGUGUUGAUAUCAUGGAUGUAGAAUGCUGUUAUCGAUUCUGGAAUUGGUUUAGUCAUCAUCUUAGUAAUUUCAGUUUUAUAUGGAAUUGGAAAGAUUGGGAGAAUGCUUUAAAAUUAGAUCCAUUACACCCAAAAGUAUGUUUCUUACGAGAAACGUUCCAAAAGAUGGUACGCUAUAGUUAUUAUGAAAGGAUUAAAUCUACUAUUCCAGAUGAAUUUUCAGCGAUCUUUCCAAUAGAACCAUCCACUAAUUUUAAAUAUGAAGACUCAGCCCAUCCUUUACAUAGUUUGGCCGAGACUUUAUUAGGGAAAAUUCGUAAGAGGGCUUCUACUGAAGACGUACAAACAUAUUUUAAAGAGAUGUUAUCACCGGAAUUGUCUGCAGAGGAUAAAGAGCAAACUAUGCGUGAUAUAUUUAUUCAAUGCGUGCUUAUGCAAGGAUGUAAGAGCUUCAGUCACGUGCUUAAUGUUAUUGAGAGAUAUUUAUCAAUUCUUCAAUCCUUAAAUGAGACGGCAGAAAAUAAAGUACAUACAGUUAAAAUUGUUGCGGAAUUUUGGAAGAACAACACUCAGUUUUUGGGUAUUCUUCUUGAUAAAUUAUUAAAUUACCGAGUCAUUGACGCCAGUUCUAUAAUAACUUGGUUAUUUACGGACGAGAUGGAAAAAGAAGUUUCCAAGUCGUAUAUGUGGGAAAUUAUGAAGAAUACUAUAAAUAAAGUUAUAUCACGAGUCAAGCAAGUUCAAUACAAACUUGAAAGUUUGAUGAAUCCACCAGCAGAUUCUGGCAUCAUUGAUAUCACGAGUGAUUUGGAUAAAAAGGUUAACGCUGACGAAUUGCGAAAUAUUGAAAAUACGCUGAAUAACGUUACUAGGGAACAAAAAGAAGUUUUGUUGACCUUGGUUAAUUUAUUUGUUGAGAUGCUUAAUAAUAAAUUGAAAGAAUAUAAAGAACAAGGAGUUCAAGAUCCCAUGUCUAAGCUCUGGUUCUGGUGGGCGUAUGGAUUUUUCAAAGAAAUUGGACGAACUUAUCAACCACAGAUAUCGACGUUUAUAGUGACGUUGGAAACCAUUGUUGUUGUUCCAAAUAUGGAUCCAACUAUUUCAAAUAUAAUUGAAAUGAUUAAAGCAUUUGGACGUGUGAAAGGUGCCUCUAUUGUUGAAGAUUUGUCAUAA